CUUGUGGCGAAUGGUGUGCUCUUUCUGAGCGUCAACAUAGCAGGGAUAUUUAUUCAUUAUCUCACACAGAGGUCUCAGAGAAAAACGUUCAUUGACACACGCAACUGUAUAGCAGCUAGAUUAGAAAUACAGGAGGAAAAUGAAAAAUUGGAAAAGCUCCUUCUCAGUGUCUUACCUCAACAUGUCGCCAUGGAGAUGAAAAAUGAUAUCACUACGCCUCAUCACGGAAUUUUUCACAAAAUCUAUAUACAACGUCAUGAUAACGUAUCAAUAUUAUUUGCUGAUAUAGUUGGGUUCACCAACCUUGCCUCUCAGUGCACAGCACAGGAACUGGUUAGAAUAUUAAAUGAGCUGUUCGGAAGAUUUGAUCAUUUAGCAAAGAACAACUACUGUCUGCGCAUCAAGAUCCUCGGAGAUUGCUACUACUGUGUGAGUGGCCUCCCCGACCCCCGGGCCGACCACGCCCACUGCUGUGUCGAGAUGGGUCUGGAUAUGAUUGAAGCUAUAGCGUAAGUAUUCUCACUAUGAUUGCCACUUUACUGCAUAAGCAUAAAUGUGAAAAUUGACGCUAUAGCAUACGUAUUCUGAAUAUGAUUGACUCUACAAUGUAAAUGUGAGUAUUGUGGAUAUGAUUGACGCUACAACGUACAUGUGAGUAUUGUGGAUAUGAUUGACGCUACAACGUACAUGUGAGUAUUGUGGAUAUGAUUGACACUACAACGUACUUGUGAGUAUUGUGGAUAUGAUUGACGCUACAACGUACAUGUGAGUGUUGUAGAUAUGAUUGACGCUACAACGUACAUGUGAGUAUUGUGGAUAUGAUUGACGCUACCACGUACAUUCAAGUGUUGUGUAUAUGAUUGACGCUACAGCGUCCUUUUGAAUAUUGUGGAUAUGAUUGACGCUACAACGUACAUUUGAGUGUUGUGGUUAUGAUUGACGCUACAGCGCACUUGUGAGUAUUGUGGAUAUGGUUAAAGGUACAACAUACAUUUGAGUGUUGUGGAUAUGUUUGACGCUACAGCGUACAUGUGAGUGUUGUGGAUAUGAUUGACGCUACAACGUACAUGUGAGUAUUGUGGAUAUGAUUGACGCUACAACGUACAUUUGAGUAUUGUCAGUAUUGUGGAUAUGAUUGACGCUACAACGUACAUGUGAGUGUUGUAGAUAUGAUUGACGCUACAACGUACAUGUGAGUAUUGUGGAUAUGAUUGACGCUACCACGUACAUUCAAGUGUUGUGUAUAUGAUUGACGCUACAGCAUCCUUUUUAAUAUUGUGGAUAUGAUUGACGCUACAACGUACAUUUGAGUGUUGUGGUUAUGA